AUGGACUCCAAAUGGGGAAGAGUGAUAGGUGGUGUGGUGCUCAGUUGUGGUGCAUUGUAUACAGCUUAUACUGUGAUACAAAGGCGGUAUGAGACGGAGGCCAAAGUGUACGAUGGUAUGCAGGAGCUUAUAGGAAACACACCUAUGGUUAAACUGAAAUCACUAUGUGACACAGACAGAAACAUUAAUGUGUACGCCAAGCUAGAGAUGAAUAACCCAGGUGGAAGCGCAAAGGAUAGAAUAGCACUAAACAUCAUUCAGGUGGCCGAGGCUGAAGGCAGACUCGUUCGUGGAGAACCUGGCAUGGUAUUUGAAGGUACCAGUGGCUCCACGGGUAUAUCUUUAGCCAUGAUCUGUAAUGCCCUAGGAUACAAAGCACAUAUAUCGUUACCUGAUGAUACCUCUUUGGAAAAAUUGAACCUUCUGAAGAGCUUAGGUGCCAUAAUAAACCCUGUAAAACCUGCAUCGAUUGUGGAUCCCGAUCAAUAUGUUAACGCAGCAAAGAAAGCUUGCGAUGAUUAUCUGGAGUCAGGAAAGACCAAAUAUGCAAUCUUUAGCGAUCAAUUCGAAAAUGAGCACAAUUGGGAGAUACAUUAUAGAACCACUGGACCAGAAAUAUAUAAACAGCUCAAAGGGAAAGUUAACUGCUUCAUUUCUGGAUGCGGUACCGGCGGUACUAUAAGCGGAGUCUCAAAAUACUUGAAGGAAAGAAUAAGACCAUAUGUUGUACUCGCUGAUCCUCAAGGUUCAGGCUUCUACAACAGGAUUAAUUAUGGUGUAAUGUAUGAUAGUGUCGAGAAGGAAGGUACCAGAAGAAGACACCAAGUUGAUACCAUAGUCGAAGGAAUUGGUUUGAACAGAUUGACAUUUAAUUUCUUGAAAGGUGAAAAAUACAUAGAUGAAUCUAUCAGAGUUACCGAUCCUCAAGCUAUAAAGAUGGCAAAAUUUUUAUCUAUUAAUGAAGGUUUAUUCAUCGGUAGCAGUACUGCAAUCAAUGCUGUAGCUGCAUUAGAACUCAUCAGGAGAAAUGACCAAGCUAUUUUACCAAAUGACUCUAAUAUUGUUAUUAUUGCAUGUGACAGUGGAUCAAGACAUUUAAGCAAGUUUUGGAAAGAGGCACUUCAAGUUCCUGACACUGUUACUUUGAAUGAGAUAUUAGCAUCUAAAUAA